AUGUCUUUCUCAUUCGGCUUUAGUGGUGAUGACAUCGAGGACGACGGAGAAGAAGCCCAAGAGCACGAGGCUCUCGCGAGCAGAAUCUCUGAGUACACGUUAUCCGAUCCAGGGAAGUCGUCUCCUCCACAUAGUAAUAUUACCGUGCACCCGGAGAGACAUUUGCUGGAAGAACUGCUAGCAUCGCUUCCAUCUCAGAUAUCAUACAGCAAGCUGCAUAUAGCCAGGCCCGCAAACCAUGGCAUUGCAGACGCCAACUCCGCCGCCGACGACAACGACAACACCGUGACCAGACUUUCCCGUCGCUCGGUCUUUGACAUCCGCGCUCAACUCAUGGCCGAAGCGAACCCGUCCGCCGAAGAGGAGGAUACCGCCCAAACGCUCCUCUCGGGUUUGGAAAGCGGUGAUUUAUCCUCGGGCAUUUACGAAGGGGGUUUCAAGACGUGGGAAUGCGCGCUCGACCUAGCCUCGCUGGUCAACUCGGAAUUCGACCACGCCGCCGUCUGUGAUCGCCCUCCUGGUGACUUUGCGGAGGAUUGGGAAAUUGUCGAACUCGGCGCCGGAAGCGCCGUGCCAAGUCUGAUGUUCAUGCACAAGUUCCUCGAGAGGAGGAGGGGAAGGAAGGUAACCGAGGACGGCGGUGGGAGCCUCAAAAUCACGCUUUGCGACUACAACGCCGAUGUUCUACGACUGGCCACCGCGCCCAACGUGUUCCUGAAUUAUCUGUUCGCUUCGGGGAAGGUGACAGCGAGAGACGAGGACAGCUGGGAGGGCGGGGACCUCGACCUCGAAGCACUAGGAGGCGAGACCUUCGUGAACAAGACCAUCCGGGACAUGGCCUCCGACAAGAUGUCGUUUGAUUUUAUAUCGGGCGGAUGGGGACCGGAAUUUCUUGAGCUCGUUAGUUCACCAGAUGCGAAAGGAGCAUCAUCACUAUCAGGAUCUCAACUACAAGCGGGAGACAUGGCCAAGAACCAACGACGACCCACCAACCUACUCAUCCUCGCCUCCGAAACAAUCUACUCACCCACUUCGAUCAAGACAUUCUCAGAAACCGUUCUCAACCUCCUCCUGGCCUCCUCCUACUACCGCCGCUCCGGGGCGGGGACGAGGGCUGGGCCAGAGACAGAAACAGACACGGCGCCUCCGGGGCCCAAAGCCUGGGUCGCCGCGAAAAGAGUCUACUUCGGCGUGGGCGGCGGAGUGGACGAGUUCGUCAGCGAGAUGGACCGGCUCGGCGGGAGGAGUCGCGUUGUAAUGGACACGACAACAAAGGAUGCAGCGGCAGGAGGAGGAGAAGGGGUAGGAAGGGUUGUCUUGGAGGUUACGCUGUCGGCCCCUCCAGCCUUUUCUACCGCUGCUGCUUCUACCACAUAG